UAGUUCUGGCAUGCAUGGCAUCCAUGUAAUUCUCUCAGAAAAGUCCGAAGACCCCAUGCCGACCGGCACACGGAAUGCUCUCCGCCGCGCUCCGCCGCGCGCACCAUCGCUCCGUUGAACCACGCCGUCCUGCUUCUCCGUCGCCGCUGCCUCUUUCCCUCUUUCCUUCUUCUUCCCGCACCCAAGAUCCCCCCUUUCCCACUCCAACCCCCCUUUCCACCACAACAGCCGUCGAAGGCUUCGACCCCAUCGACCAGUUCUUCCCUCCCCGGGCCCUCCCUCCGCUGCCCCUCCACCCCUCCCUCCGCCGCGAAAUCCUCCUUGCCCUCGCCCGCGCCCUCAAGACCGUCCCCACAUGCCUACCCGCCCUCCAGGCCCUCGCUUUUGGCUUCCACCCUGGCCCCCUCGCCAGCGUUCUCCGCUCCUUCCCCCACCCCCGCCCCGCCCUCGCCUUCUUCGCCCGCUCCCUCCCCGACCUCUCCACCGCCACCGUCCGCUCCUGCUGCGCCGCCACCCACCUCCUCGCCGCCGCCGACCCCGCCCUCAAACCCCUCUCGCAGGACCUCCUCGCCUCCCUCCUCCAUCGAAUAGGCCCCCAUCGCGGCGCCGAGCUCCUCGUCUGGACCGAGCACCACCGGUCCCUCCGGUCCUACUAUACCGUCCUCCAUUUGGUUCUCCGCGCCUUCCUCAUUGCUGGAAUGGCUCCAGAAGCCUUAGACGUCUUGCGCCGGAUCAGAGGCCAGGGGAUGACACCAAGCCUGUCGGCAUUGGCCAUUCUUCUGAGACUGCUAUUCCGGGCGGGUGAUUGCGAGAGUGCCUGGAAAUUGUUUAGAGACAUGGUCGGGAAAGGACCUCGCCCAAGCUCGAGGACCUUCAAUACAAUGAUUCUUGGAUCUUGCUGGAGAGGGGCCAUCUCGGUCGGGGAGGGCCUCCUUCGAGUAAUGCACAGGUUUCGUUGCGAGCCCGAUGCUUCCAGCUACAACAUCUUGAUGAAGGCACAUUGUGUGUUUGGGCGGUCUGUCGAUGCCUUUGAGUUGUUUGAUUCAAUGCUUGAAUCUGGUUGUGGUCCGACUGUUAUUACUUACAGCAUACUUAUUGGUGCUUUGUGUCAGGAGGGAAGAAUGGACGAGGCAAGAAUGCUUUUUGAUGAUAUGGAAGAAGAGGGCAUUGAUUCUAAUACAGUUACUUAUAAUGUUCUAGUUGAUGGGUAUAUGAAGGCGGGGCAAAUUGAGAAGGCGCAUGCAGUCUAUAGAGAGAUGAAGGAGAAGGGACUGGGCCCUGAUUGCUACACCUUCAACAUUCUUGCUGCGGGGCAUCGCAAGUUCCGGAAAGAUUGGGAAAGUGAGGGCAACCAUUUGUUGGAUGAAGUGUUAAAAUCAGAGGUGCUCCCAGAUGCGACGAUGCUGGACAUGUUGGUUUCCAGGUUCUGUUGGGACAGGCGGUUGGAUGAUGCCUGGGAGCUUUUGCAGAAUGCUGUAGAAGAGGGCAUGACAGUGAGUGUUGCAGGUUUUAACUCGGUUAUCACUGGCUAUAGCAAGGAGGGAUUGGAAGAGGAAGCUUUUGAUUUAUAUCAGAUUAUGGUGGAGGCUGGUCUUGCACCCUCCACAUCCACUUGCAACUCCUUGCUCAUGGGCUUGUGCAAGAGAGGGAGAUUGGAUGAUGCCAGGAUGCUCCUAGAUAAGAUGAUAGAAAAAGGCUAUUGUAUGAGUACAUCUGCUUUCACAAUCUAUUUAGAUGGGUGUUUCAGAAUGGGCAAUACGGCAGCUGCUUUGAGGUGUUGGAAUGACAUGGAGAAGCAAGGGAUCCAUCCCGAUGUUGUUGGUUUCUCGGCCUACAUUAAUGGUCUCUGUGGAGCUAAUUACAUGGAAGAGGCAUGUGAGGCUUUCCAUGAAAUGUGUAGGAGAGGAUUGGUUCCAAACAAUUUCACAUACAACUCUUUGAUUUCUGGAUUUUGUAGGGCUGGUAAUGUAGCUGAGGCUUUGAAAUUGGUGAGCACAAUGAAGCAGAAUGGCCUUGUUCCUGAUAUUUUCACAACAAAUAUAAUCAUUAAUGGAUUCUGUAGACAGGGGAUGUUGAAGAUGGCGAAUAACAUUUUCAUGGAAAUGUAUGCUGUUGGAUUAAAUCCGGAUGUCAUAACUUAUAAUACUUUUAUCAGCGCUUACUGCAGGGCUUUUGAUAUGGUGAAUGCAAUGAACCUUGUGAAUAAGAUGUCUUCAGAGGGUUGUGAACCAGAUAUCUUCACAUAUAACAUAUGGAUUCAUUGCCUCUGUAGUAGUCAUAUGACAAACCGAGCCAUUAAGGUGCUAGAUGAACUUGUUUCCAUGGGUUUUGUUCCUAAUACAGUUACUUACAACACCAUGAUGAAUGGCAUCUGCAGUGAUGUACUUGAUCGUGCUAUGAUUCUGAUGGGGAAAUUGCUUAAGAUGGCCUUUGUUCCCAAUGUGACUACAGUUAACCUGCUGCUCUCUCAUUUCUGCAAGCAAGGGCUGGCGAGGAGGGCCUUGAUUUGGGGAGAAAAGCUUAGACAGGUCUCCACUUUUGAUGUUACCACAAGGAAUAUACUUGACAGGGCCUACCGUGACAUGCAAGAAGAUGCAGAACCUUUGACAGCAGAGUCCGGUAGAAGCUUGUUUUUAGAAUUUCUCAUGCGCAUUACUUAUGGAUCCUUACAUAACUGUGAACCUUUAACACGUAAAUCCUUGAUGAUCACUAAUACUGUUGAUCAUGGAAUUACCAAGUCUUCCAAGAUGAUGGAUGUGAGAUAGCGAUAUAAGAACUAUGUGGCAGGAGCGCAUGUUUUCUGGAUGGACAUGUUUGAGAAGGCCAUUGGGUCACUCUCUCCUUUCCAUGGGAUUUCAUUCUCAUAGAGAAAAACUAUAGUUCUCCAAGUCAAGAGCAGGAGAACCAACUAUAGCCAUAGCCGCUGCCAUUCAAUUGCUUUUAGUGCUCAGUGCAGUCCCGUUAAAUAGAUUUAUGAAACAGAGUGGAGGAUCAGAUCAUUAUUGCUCUGUGCUCACAUGUAGUAAAGCAAAAAUGAUCAUGAACUGGUAUCACUUUUAUUGGAAACUAGUUGCUGGACUAAAGACGGACCGUUUUCUUCUCUAUUUUAAAGCAAAGGCUGGAAGUUCAUCUGAAAGAUGAUACUGAGAUCAUUUCUUGAAGGAUUUUGGGUGUUGCCUGCUUAUGGAACAUUUUGAUGAUUCCACCAUACUGCAUUCAAGCUUUUAUUGUA